GGCACCCAGGCAGCAUGGAGGAGGAGGAGGAAGCCAUCUGACUGGAGUACACAGUGUACAAAAGCUAGACCAGGCGGGAGGAACGGAGUAGAUUGGGACAAGGUGACUGUUAUCCAUUGUACUUCGGAAAAUCAGGAUUCUGGACAUGAAGUCAUAUGCCCUCUGGGAUAUUUCCCUUGUGGCAAUAUAACAAAGUGUUUGCCUCAACUUCUUCACUGUAAUGGUGUGGAUGACUGUGGGAACCAGGCUGAUGAAGACAACUGUGAAGGCCAUCUCUCUUUGGGGAGGAAGGAGAAAAGCACACAAAUAGAAAUAUUUUCAAGGGACAACAAUGGAUGGUCUCAACAAUUUGAUAAGUAUUUUGCAAAAUACAAUGAAAUGACUUCCUCGCGUGCUUUUGAGGUAAAGACAUCGGAGUGCUUGGUUGAUUCUGUGCCAGCAGAAUGUCUGUGCCGAGGGCUAGAGCUUGACUGUGAGGGUGCCAAUUUACGCGCGGUCCCUUCAGUCUCUUCAAAUGUAACUCUGAUGUCCCUUAAACGGAAUCAGUUAAGAAAGCUUUCUGCUGAUAGUUUCAAGAAGUACCAGGACCUUAAAAAUCUGUUUCUUCAGAAUAAUAAAAUCAGAGUUGUAUCGGAACAUGCUUUCAAAGGAUUAUACAACCUGACAAAACUGUAUCUAAGUCACAACAAGAUAACCUUUUUAAAGCCUGGUGUCUUUGAAGAUCUGCAUAAGCUUGAGUGGCUGAUAAUUGAAAAUAACAAGAUCAAUCAGAUCUCUCCACUAACAUUUCAUGGACUCAACUCACUUAUUCUCCUAGUGCUGAUGAAUAAUUCUCUUGCGCGUUUGCCUGACAAACCUCUUUGCCAACACAUGCCCAGGUUACAUUGGCUGGACUUUGAAGGCAAUCAUAUACAUAAUUUAAGAAAUGUCACUUUCAUCUCCUGCAGCACUCUAACUGUACUGGUGAUGAGAAGAAACAAAAUCAGCUCCUUAAAUGAAAACAGCUUUUCCUCUCUCCAGAAGUUAGAUGAAUUAGACUUGGCUAACAACAAGAUUGAAUCACUUCCUCCAUACCUAUUUAAGGAUCUGAAGGAGCUCUCACAGCUGAACCUUUCAUAUAACCCAAUCCAGAAAAUACAAGCAAACCAGUUUGAUUACCUACUAAAACUCAAAUCCCUCAGCCUGGAGGGCAUUGAAAUUACAAAUAUCCAAAGAAGGAUGUUCAAACCACUUAGAAAUCUCUCCCAUAUAUAUUUUAAGAAAUUCCAGUAUUGUGGAUAUGCCCCUCAUGUGCGCAGCUGUAAGCCAAAUACCGAUGGGAUUUCAUCCUUUGAGAAUCUCUUAGCUAGCACUGUACAGAGAGUGUUUGUCUGGGUUGUUUCUGCUGUCACUUGCUUUGGAAAUAUCUUUGUUAUCUGCAUGCGGCCUUACAUCAGAUCUGAGAACAAGCUCCAUGCCAUGUCAAUAAUGUCUCUCUGCUGUGCUGACUGUCUGAUGGGAAUAUAUUUAUUUGUGAUUGGAGCCUUUGACGUUAAAUAUCGUGGAGAAUACAACAAGCAUGCUCAGUUGUGGAUGGACAGUAUCCACUGCCAAUUGGUGGGCUCAUUGGCUAUUCUGUCCACAGAGGUGUCAGUUUUACUGUUGACUUACCUGACUUUGGAAAAAUAUAUAUGCAUAGUUUACCCUUUUAGGUGUUUGAAGCCAGGAAAAUGCAGGACAAUUUCCAUUUUGAUUCUCAUCUGGGUUAUUGGCUUUGUGGUUGCUUUUAUUCCACUGAGCCACAAGGAAUUUUUCAGAAACUACUAUGGCACCAAUGGGGUCUGUUUUCCUCUUCAUUCAGAACAGGCAGAAAGUACAGGAGGCCAGAUUUAUUCUGUUGUUAUUUUUUUAGGUGUAAACUUGGCAGCUUUUAUCAUCAUUGUGUUUUCCUAUGGAAGUAUGUUUUACAGUGUUCACCAAACAGCCAUCACAGCAACUGAAAUCCGGAAUCAUAUUAAAAAAGAGAUGACCCUUGCUAAACGGUUUUUCUUCAUUGUUUUCACUGAUGCAUUAUGCUGGAUUCCCAUCUUUAUUUUGAAAUUGCUUUCUUUACUUCAAGUAGAAAUACCAGGUACUAUAACUUCCUGGGUGGUGAUUUUUAUACUGCCCAUAAAUAGUGCUUUGAAUCCUCUCCUCUACACUCUGACCACACGACCUUUCAAAGAAAUGAUUCAUCAGGUUUGGUAUAAUUACAAACAAGGAAGAUCCAUAGGAAGCAAAAGCAGUCAGAAAACAUAUGGCCCAUCAUUUAUCUGGGUAGAGAUGUGGCCAAUGCAAGAGAUCACACCAGAGUUAACAAAGCCUGCUAUUUAUACAGACUCCUCUGAAACAUCAGAAACCACGCAUUCCACAAGACUGAAUUCAUACAGAUAA